AUGGCGGAAUGGUUGAUACAAGUGGCCGUGAUUGCCGAGCCAUACUUUGUCCCGCCCAGAGAUAACUGGGUAAGCGACAAGGACGACACGGUAACCAUAAUUUGUCAAGCUUCCGCUGGCUCCCCGCCCCUCGAAAAAGUAGCGAGGGGUAAUGGAUGCGUUGCAGCAGCAUUGGGAGAGAUUGUCGUGGUGGGAGUGUAUUUCUCUCCUAAUAAACCUUUAUCAGAGUUUGAGAGGUUUCUAGUAGAGUUAGGGAACAUGAUUGGGCAAUGUCACCCUCGCCCUGUACUCGUUCUCGGGGAUUUUAACGCCAAAUCCCUGGCGUGGGGGUCCUCAGUAACUGAUGCGCGUGGCGAGGAACUUGAAGAAUGGGCGUUGGCCACAGGGCUUGUUAUCCUCAACAGAGGAACUACCAAUACAUGUGUCCGGCAGCAGGGCGGCUCAGUUAUUGAUAUAACGUUCGCCAGCCCCGGUUUGGCACAACGCGUCGGUGGAUGGAAAGGUAUAGAAGAUGUGGAGACGCUUUCGGACCACAGGUACAUAAGGUUCGAUGUCUCUUCAUCCUUAGCAUCCCCGCGCAGCCACAGCAGAAGAGUCCACCACAACAAUAGCCCGAGAUGGUCCUUAAAGCAUCUAGACAGGGAUGCCAUGAUAGAGGCAUCCAUAGUCAAGGCCUGGAUUGCUGCUCCAGACAACCCUGUUGCGAUCGAAGAAGAGGCGGAUUGGUUUGUUGGCUCAAUGACUGAGAUCUGCGACGCAGGCAUGCCGCGAGUCAAGCCUCACUCUCCAAAGUGUCAGGUGUACUGGUGGUCAGCGGAGUUCUCACAGCUACGCGACGCAUGUGUGGAGGUGAGACGCCGGUACACUCGACAGCGCAGACUGCGUGGUCGAGACCAACAGAAGGAGACGCAACUGUGCGAAUUAUACAAGCUGGCGAAAAAGACUCUGCAGUUGGCCAUCAGCAGGGCUAAAACCCAGGCUAGAGAGGAACAGCUGAAAACUCUUGAUCAAGACCCUUGGGGACGCCCAUACAAAGCGGUAAGAGGUAAACUUCGCCCUUGGGCUCCUCCACUGACACAAACUCUUCAGCCACAACUGGUAGAGGAUGUUGUGUCAGCUUUGUUCCCGAGCAGAGCAGAAUUCUCACCUCCAACUAUGGUGCAGUCCGAGACUGUCACUGAAGACGAGGCACCAGAAGUCUCUUGCGCCGAGUUAAGUGUGGCCGUAAGGAAACUCAAGGCAAAGAAUACUGCACCGGGAUGGACGGCAUACCUGGCCGUGCCUGGGUUUUGGACCUGA